AUGACUGUCUCUUCUGCUUUGUCGGAUUCCACCUGUGGCAAGUACUUGGCACCCUCCACCAUUCCUGGUGCAGGCGUGGGGAUAUUUACGGCGGUGGAGAAGCAAAUUGGGGAUACGGUAGGACGUGGAGAUAUUUGCAUUCCCGUCAUUGAUAUGUACUGGCAAGCCGACGGCAUCAUGCAACCCUUUUCGGACUAUUUCUGGUCCGGAGACACCAUGGGCAUGUCACACAAAACCGACUCCUACAACAUUAAAGCACUUUAUCCGGGGUUGGACUGUGCCAUGAACUGCCAUCUUGUACUCCUUAAUGUGGAGAAAGCCGACUCCGUCUAG